CCUUCCUCGGAUGUGGACUCGCCCCUGAGCAUCCUUCCGCCAGGCCCCGGCCUGGGUACCACCCGGGAGAUGCCCGCCUGCAUCCGGGCCCGGCGCGCCUUUGUGUCUCAGUGACAGCGGAGCCGCCGCCGCGAUCCCGGGUCGCCCCAGCUCCCAGCCGGCUUCUCUUUGCAGCUCCCAUGGGGACCACGGAAGCCACGCUGAGGAUGGAAAACGUGGACGUGAGGGAUGAGUGGCAAGACGAGGAUUUGCCCAGACCCCUCCCUGAAGACACUGGGGUGGAGCUGCUGGGCGGCGCAGUGGAAGACUCGUCCUCUCCUCCCUCCACCCUGAACCUGAGCGGAGCGCACCGGAAGAGGAAGACCCUGGUGGCCCCCGAGAUCAACAUCUCCCUGGACCAGAGCGAGGGCUCGCUGCUGUCCGACGACUUCCUGGACACCCCCGACGACCUGGACAUCAACGUGGACGACAUCGAGACGCCGGACGAGACCGACUCGCUGGAGUUCCUGGGGAAUGGCAAUGACCUCGAGUGGGAAGACGGGACGUCCGGAUGGACACCACCCACGGGGGCCGGGGACACCACCCACGGGGGCCGGGGACACCACCCACGCGGGGCCGGGGCAGCGGGGACACCACCCACGCGGGCCGGGGACACCACCCACAGGGGCCGGGGCAGCGGGGACACCACCCACGCGGGGCAGCGGGGACACCACCCACGCGGGCCAGGGCAGCGGGGACUAGACGUCCGGACCAGCGGCACCGUCUUCCCGCUCAACACCCAGGGAGGGCGCCGGAUGCCGCCUUUCCCAGGCUACUACGGGGAAGGCCUCAACGCCAUCAUCGUCUUCGCCGCCUGCUUCCUUCCGGACAGCAGCUCCCCCGACUACCACUACAUCAUGGAGAACCUCUUCCUGUACGUCAUCAGUAGCCUGGAGCUGCUCGUGGCCGAGGACUACAUGAUCGUGUACCUGAACGGGGCCACGCCGCGCCGGAGGAUGCCGGGCAUCGGCUGGCUGAAGAAGUGCUACCACAUGAUUGACAGGAGACUGCGCAAGAACCUGAAGUCCCUGAUCAUCGUGCACCCCUCCUGGUUCAUCCGGACCGUGCUGGCCAUCUCGCGGCCCUUCAUCAGCGUCAAGUUCAUCAGCAAGAUCCAGUACGUGCACAGCCUGGAGCAGCUGGAGCAGCUCAUUCCCAUGGAGCACGUGCAGCUGCCGGAGUGCGUCUUGCAGUGA